UGCCAUAGCGACGUGUUUGUGUUGACGCGCCCGAGUCCAGCCUGACGGCUUCAGGCAGGGCCAUGGCCAGCAGGCCGCCGGGAGGGUCCGGGGCUAGCGGCGGGUGCGUUUCCAAGUCGUUGCCCGCGCGGCCGCUACAGGUGAAGGUGGUGGGGCUGUUCAAAAGUUCCAGCUUUCAGACUGCGAAAAGCACUGCUGAGAGUCUGAAGAAGAAUUAUCCAGCCAGAUUUGAAGAUCCUAUAAUAGUUCCUCUUCAAGAAUUUGCAUGGAAUCAAUACCUGCAAGAGAAAAAAAGGGAACUCAAGGGCGAAACCUGGGAAUAUUCUUCCUUGGUGAUGUGUUUCAUUAACGACCGACUCCUUGGUGAUGCAUUGGAUCUGCAGAAAUGGGCCCAGAAGGUGUGGGACGUCGUGGACGUGAAGCCCUCAGCACUUUAUGAGGCACUUACUGUGGAGUAUUCCAUUGAAUUCUUAAGAGACACCAAGCACAGUUUUGUGUUUUUGGACAUCAGCGUCGACUCUACUCCAAUCGGCAGACUGAUUUUUGAACUAUACUCCGAUAUAUGUCCUAAAACAUGCGAAAAUUUCCGGUUGUUGUGCACAGGAAAAGCAGGGUUUUCUGAAAGAGGCGUAAGACUACAUUACAAAAAUUCAAUUCUCCAUCAAAUAGUACCAAAUGGUUGGAUACAAGGAGGAGAUAUAGUUGCGGGAAGAGGAGAUGAUGGCGAGUCGAUUUAUGGACCAACAUUUGAAGAUGAAAACUUUGCAAUUCCUCAUGAUAAGAGGGGAGUUCUCGGAAUGGUCAACAAAGGCCGUCACAGCAACGGGUCACAGUUCUACAUCACGCUACAAGCAACUCCCUACCUGGAUAGGAAAUACGUGGCUUUUGGGCAACUGAUUGAAGGGACAGAAGUGCUUAAACAACUGGAGUUAGUUCCAACGCAGAAUGAAAGACCGACACAGCUAUGUACCAUUAUUGACAGUGGAGAUCUUUAUAGCUGAAGUUUCCACCCGCAUUUUCUAGGGUGACCUGUUACCCUGCAUCUAAGCGGCUGUUUCUAAAUAGAAUUAAAUGGCACUUGAUAUGA